AUUUUGUUAGAAAGAGACAGCAUUUCCUUGUUUAAACCUUUGCUACUCCCAAACCCACAGCACCCACUCAAGCCCAAUGGGGCAGAAAUGUUUCCCCCCAAAGCAAGAGGCCUCUGGGCCAGUGAGAAGGGGCCAGUGCUGGCCACAGCAGCUGCCAGCUCUCCAGGACAGCUGUGCUCAGCCCCAGCAAGCAGAGCUGGGCUUGUCCUCUGUCCCAGCAUUACUCUCACUGCCCAGGGCAGCACCCUGAGGCUCCUCAGGGAUUGUCCCUGCCCGGGUUUGCCUUUCCCUGGCCACACCCAGGAGCUCCCAGAUCCUGGCAACUGCCCAAAGGCAGGCCCAGGACUCUCCCACCUGUGGAAGGGCCGGGACACACCCGGGCCACAGGACUCUCCAACCCCACAGAGCUGCACCAGCUGCCCCAGCACCAAGGUGAGGAGGGGCUGAGGUCCAGACUCUGCGGUGCCCAGGUACAGCAGCUCUUCACCAGCAGGCCAUGGAUUCUCCCUAUGCCAACGGAGCCUACAGCCCCCCGUACCCGCCCUAUGCCAGCCUGCCGCAGCCACGGGGCUUCUACUGCUCGGGGCCGGCGCGCAGCCCCUACCCCCCCGAGCCCCCCGGCCUCUACCGGCCCCCGUCGCCCGCCCCCGCCUGGAGCUUUGUGCCCCCCGAGUGUCCCAGCGAGGGCUCCGCGCUCCGCCGGCAGCAGCAGGGCCCCGGCUACUCCCCGCCGCAGACCCCAGGAAUGCCGAUGCCGCAGUAUCCGUACGGAGAUGGCAGUGCAGGGCUCACGGGGCCACAGCCCAGAGCCCUGGAGGACACCUGGGGCCCCCCCUCAGUCUAUGGGGUGCAGCCACGUUACGGCUGGCCCGCGGCCUCGGGGCACAGCAACCUCUACGUCUCUGAUUCACACCCAGGCUGGACUGGCAGUGGGGCUCCUGCCCAGCCUCCCUCCUGGGAGCCACAGGGACAGGACUCUGUCUAUGACAGAGCUGAGCAGAGCCCCAGCCCCCACAGUUACUACUCUGACGUGGAGCAGCGGCCCUCGGGGCCAGUGACUGAGCACAGGAUGGCCAAGGCCGCCCCGUGCCAGCCCCGGGUGCAGUACAGUGCCCAGCCCCAGCUCUACGAGCUCGCCCCACGGAAGGCCCUGGCCGGGAGCCGCGAGCUGGGCCGCAGGGCUGCUGAGCAGCCUUGCAGCAAUCCUGCAGCCCUGCAGCCCGAGAUCCAGAGGAUCCUGCACGUGAUGGGGGAGGCUGGACAGCUGGAGGAAGAGGUGGAUGAGUUUGUAGGGAAAAAGACAGAUAAAUCCUAUCGGCUCCUGGAGGAGAUGCUGACCAAGCUGCUGCUGGAGCUGGAUUCCAUUGAGACUGGGGGCCAGGACAGCGUCCGGCAGGCCAGGAAAGAGUCCGUCCACAGAAUUCAGGCCAUACUGGAAAAACUGGAAAGAAAGGGAUUGUGAAAGCACAUGAGCCACAACACACAGCUGUUGUUGAGGUUCCAAAGAGUUUCAGUUCUCUUAAAUCUCAGCUCUUUCUGCUACGCACUAUUGACAAUGGAAUAGCAAUAAGCCCUCAGUCAACAAAUCAAAUCAAACCCACCAAAAAGCCAGCCCAGAAGCCCAGCCCUGAGAAACAACUCAGCAAAGGACAAAUUGAGAGAGGUUUGAAGCAGCAAGAGUGUUUAAUGAAGAUGUUGAAGAGAGCUGGGCCAAGGAUGGAGGCCUGUGGGGUUGUGUACAGAGUUCCCCAGAGCAGGUCCAGUCUCUGGGUGUCUCCUCCUGCCACAGCCAGUCUUUGAACACUGCAAUGUGCUGCAAUGUGCAGCCACCAACCAAGACUCUGGGCUUGUCCUCACUGCCUGUAAUUUCAGCUUCAGCUCCCUUGCCAUAAACCCCAUGUGUCCUCAUAGGGGUUGUUUGGGUUUAGUGCACUGAAGGAGCAGCACUGAAGUGCUGGAGGGAGGGGCUGUGCUGGCACAUGUCAGGUGGUGCUGUUCCUCUUCUGUGGUGCAGAGCCAGUGUGGGGUGUCCCUGUGGGCAUAGGAACAGACUGGAAAUCCUAGUUCUGCCACUGGAAGUGCAAGUUAAGGAAAGAACAGAUGCAGGAUGCUUGGAAGUGAUUUUCAGGUCAGUUGGGUCAAAAUCCCGUUUAAUGUCCCUUUCCAUCCUGUGAGUUUUGUGUCCCACUGUGCAGCACCACGGGGAGGGAGCAGCUCGGCCUGUUCCAGCCUCCUGGUCACCACCUGCACAGCAACUCACUGCUAUGUGUGAUUCUUAAUAAACCCUGACCAGUUUUAAAUGUUAUUUUGUAA